AUGGUCAGAAUUUCCAGAUAUCAGUUGACCAUUUUCUUUCUUUCUUUCUUUCUUUCUUUCUUUCUUUCUUUCUUUCUUUCCGUACUCUUUCUUUCUUUUCUUUUUUCUUUUUUUUUACGUUUUUUAAUAGACUUUUUCCUCUUUUUCUUUUUUUUCUUUUUUACUAGAUUUUUUUUUCAAGAUUUCUUCUUUCUUAGCUCUUUUUCUUUCUUUUCUUUUUUUUUCUUUCUUUCUUUCUUUACCUCCUCUUUCUUUCUUUCUUUCUUUCUUUCUUUCUUUCUUUACCUCCUCUUUCUUUCUUUUUCUUUCUUUCUUUUUCUUUUUCCCUCUUUCUUUACCUCCUCUUUCUUUUCUUUUUUCUUUUUUUUUCAUUUUCUUUUUACUAGAUUUUUUUUUCUUCUUUUUUUUUUUUCUUUUUUUUUUUUUUUUUCUUUUUCAAUUUUUUCAUUUUUUUUUUUUUUCCAUUUUUUCCCUUUUCCUUUCUUUUUCAGACUUUUUUUUUCUAAUUUUUUUUUUUUUUUUCUUUCUAAUUUUUUUUCAAAAAUUUUCUUUUCUUUCUUUCUUUCCAUUUUUCAGCAAACUUUCUUCUUUCUUUUUUCUUUCUUCACUAGAUUUUUUUACCAUAGGGUUUAUUUUUCAUUUUUUUUUUUCUUUUUCUUUUGUUUUUUCUUUUCUUUUCUAAUUUUUUCAGCCAUUCAUUUUCUUUAUCUCUUUCUUUUUUUUCAAAAAUCUUUUCUUUCUUUCUUUCUUUCUUUUCUUUCUUUUUCUUUUGCUAGCUUUCUUUUUCUUUUUUCUUUCUUUCUUUCUUUUUUUCUAAACUUUUUCCUUUUUUCCAGAUGUUCUUUCUUCAUCUAUCUAUCUAUUUUUUUCUAUCUAUCUAUCUUUUUCCAUAGGGUCUUAUUUUUCAUUUUUUCAUCUAUCUAUCUUUUCUUUAAAUCUAACUUUCUUUUCUAUCAUGUAUCUAUUUCUUUUCUUUUUUUUCUAAUCCCUCCCACACUGUGA